AAGAAGAAAAAAAGACGUGCCCGCUUUUUUCCAGUUGCCUAAUCCUCUUCCCUAUGUAAGCCAUGCUGAAAGAUCGAGACAAAACAACAACAACAACAAAUUAAAAAAAAAUAUCAAAUUCAUUUGCAUUUACAAAAAUGUUAAAAUUGGGCUUUUUUUAAAUGGAGUUCUGCCUACAGACGUGCCACAGAUACCAAAACGUUUUAUUUUAAGUAAAGGAUCUCAUACAUGAAUAUUUAAUCGCACUGCAUGACUUAUUUAAGUGUUGUUUGUUCAUUUACAUUUUUUUGUAAUUAAUUUGCUUCGAAAUCUUUUAGACGACUUUUCGACGACGCUGUUAACUGCGCUUGUUGGUUACCUGGUAACCAUGAAUUUUCUUCUUCUAUGUUGGAGGGCAGCGGUCACAAACUUCCAUUAGAUGGCGACAAACGACAUGCCAUCUCACUGGUGAUAAUAAUAUUAGAAAAGACAGUCCAAGAAGAUGGCUGAGAGAUUAUAUUAAUGUUAAAUGAGUAACUGGAGCAUCUUAAAUUCACUCUGAUGAAAUACCACUGGAUCAGAGUUCGCUAGCUCAACAGGAACAUGUUGACACUGGGUGGCGAUAUUACAGGCUAAAUGGUCUUAAAAACAAAGAGAAGAAGAGGAGCUCAGUUCCGGGGGCGGGACAAACAAACAAACCGGGAAUAAAAAUAUGUUGGUUUCGUUAAAAAGUACGCAUGAAAAAUUUCCGGGAGACUGAAAUAAAAGGGUCGCAGUGAAGAUGAGUUCGUUUGCGGGUCGGAUGAAGGAGUACCCCACCAUCUCAUUGGACCGGUUCGACAGGGAGAACCUACAUGCUCGGGCAUAUUUCCUCUCCCACUGUCACAAAGAUCACAUGAAGGGGCUGAAAGGACCUCUGCUGAAGAGGAAGCUGCAGUUCAGUCGCACUGUGAGGCUUUACUGCUCCUUUGUAACCAAAGAGCUGCUGCUGAACAAUCCAAAGUACGCUUUUUGGGAGGAAUACAUCGUUCCUCUUGAGCUCGAGAGCCCGACUCAGAUUUCUCUCGUGGACGAAGCAUCAGGAGAGAAAGAAGAGGUUGUGGUGACGUUGCUUCCAGCAGGUCACUGUCCCGGCUCCGUCAUGUUCCUGUUUGAGGGUUCCCAUGGAAACGUGUUGUAUACAGGAGACUUCAGGUUGCCUGUCGGAGACGUGUCCAGAAUGGAGCACCUACACUCGGGCAGCAGGGUCAAAGACAUUCAGAGUAUCUAUCUGGACUCCACCUUCUACGACCCGCGCUUCUACCAGAUCCCAUCGCGGGAGGUCUGUUUAUCCGGAAUCUCCGAGUUGGUUGGAAAGUGGAUCAUUCAGAGUCCUCAUCAUGUUGUUUGGCUCAACUGUAAAGCUGCGUAUGGAUACGAGUACCUGUUUAUCAACCUGGGAGAGGAGUUCAACACACAGAUCCACGUCAACACUCUGGCGAUGUUCAAGAAGAUGCCGGAGAUCCUAAGCUACGUGACAACCAACCGCAGGACUCAGAUACACGCCUGUCGACACCCAAAGGAUGAAGAGUUUUUCCAAGGAAACCGGCUGCCGUGUGGAUGCACGGCUGCUGAUGGGACGCCUCUUCGCAUCAUCAGCAUCAAACCGUCCACCAUGUGGUUUGGAGAAAGAACCAAGAAGACCAGCGUCAUAAUAAAGACAGGAGGCAGUUCAUACCGAGCCUGUUUCAGCUUCCACUCCUCCUACUCCGAGAUUAAGGACUUCCUGUCGUACCUCCAGCCGGUGAAUAUCUACCCCAGUGUCAUCCCCAUUGGUCGAACACUGACUGAAGUCACACAGAUGUUGAAGCUGAUGUGCAGGAAGCAGUCUGAUGAGGCGGCGUUCGUUUACAAACCUCUGGGAGUCCUGAAACGCAGCAGGGUGCAGCGACCUACUUAUGACUCAGAGAGCGAUGACGAGCUGUUUGAUGGACUCGAUGUGGCACCAGUGAGGAAGAAGUUGGGAGUACAAAAAGAGGGAACUCCUGAAACAACAGCGCUCCCUGUGAGUGUGGAGGAGUCUUUAGCGCCGACCGUCACCGAUGCCCAGCCUGCUGCUCGUAACUACGUCGACUGCACCGAGUCCAACGGCGAGGAGGAUGAAGAGGAGGAGGAGGAGCAGCAAGGUGACGAGGAAAAGGUUGGAGCCGGACAGCCGGAGGACAUUUCCUCUCAGCCUCCAAGGUGGGAGGACUUCUUCACAACCGAGACUCUGACCGACAGCCAGAACAGCCUCAGGAGCCAACCACAGUCCUGCUGCUCUGGGAUGACCGGCUCGCAGACACCCGAUCUCUUCAGCGACGAAGAAACUGCCCCCGAUGGCUUCAGCCUGACGCUGUCCGGCUCGCUGUCCAAUCAUUCCUCUCAGAACAUGGACUCGUGUUUACCCGACACCCUGAUCAUCCAACCAGAGCUGGACGGGCAGAAACAAGGAGACAGCGAGACACAGAGGGAGGAGGGGGAUGACAGAAUCACCCUAUCGGAGUCUCAGCAGUCGUCAGACUUCGAUAUUCCCUGCACGCCGGAGUCGAAGGUGCCGCGGCCUGAUGAGCUCUCUCAGCUGUACAGGAAGCUGGCUGCAGGAGAGGCCGUCAGGGCUCUGGACUACAGGACCGAACAUUAAUGGGGGGGAUCCUAAAGAAACUGUGCAAACUAGAAAAGUAAAGCCUUAAAAAGCAGUAGGACGAGUCCAAAACAAGCAAACCACACAGCUACCUCCGUUUUAGUGACGAACCUGCAGCUCAGCUUCACUUUACAGCAGGCUCGAUGAUCCUGAACACCCCUCUGAGAUCCCCCGCUACCACACUGGGGCAGGAGGAGAGGUUAACAUGCACUCAGUACCUGCUUCCAGCAUGAAGAGUUUCUCAGCCUAAUUAGAGAGCAUAAAUGGACCAAACUUUAACGUCAUUUUCUUCAGACCUGUCGUUCUCACUUACACCUGUAAGCCGUCACAUUCCUUCUGCAGGCUGAGCUGAAAUUUCCUCUCCUCCAGCGUCAGCGUGGCCUCCAAACCACACAGACCUCAGUUUGUUAAACCACACACACUCGUUCCUGCGCACUUUAAGCUGAUUGGUGGAUUCUUGCACCUGUGCAGGUCACAGCUGACACUCGUUCCUUCUCUGCUAGCAGUUUGUGGUUUGUUCUGCUUCAGCUGCUGACAACAGGAGGGGAAUGUUUGCAUUAAAGCUAAACUUUUGUUCCAGAAACAAAUAAAAUAUUUAUUUUUAACUCA